AUGUGCCUCCCCUGUGUGUGGGUUCACAUUGAUUUCAAGUGUCACUCUGUUGAGGAAUUGGGUCUGAGAGCAGAAACCCCUAUUGGAACUUCAUUUACCGAUGCUCAUGCUGGCAAUGUAAAGUUCAAUUUCUUGAAUGGUUCGGAUCCCUACCGUGCAUACCUCCAACACCGCCUGUUUGAACUUCGCUCUCAGAAUCAGUCCUCUGCACAGCAGAUUCCUUCACGACUUGCAGAUUCUUUUGCUCCUGAAUCUACCCCAUCUGCUCCACCUGCCGACAAUAGUGAGACAUUGAUGAAGCAUGAGCCCUCGUCCCAGUUUAAACCAUUCCGCAAGGGAGGUGAACACGCCCACGGUUCCAUUUUUGAAGCUCUCCAUGGAUGGCUCUCCAAGUUCGUAGUCCCUGAGGUUGAAUUCUGCUCACGAGGCAGAAGCUCAGCUCCGCCAUGCCGAGCCGAUGGGCCACCGCUGCUCAUAACCUGCCAUGAUUGGCUAUUUUUCUUACAGAAGUUGCCGGACGAGACUGUUUCCCGGGCCAUGAAAAGCCUUGGGAAGGAUAUAAAAGCUUUGUGGAUUCAUCAAGGGGAGGAACGACAACAAAAGAGGAAGGGGGACGGUCUUGCGAAAGAGCUUGACAGGAGGAUUCUAGCCUUCCAGAAGGCAGAGAACAGAGUCCUAGAGUUCAAGCUUUCAGAACAUAAAUCUGAGCCAAUCGCGCAGCUAGAGAUGGGUAUAUACCUGAGCACCCCAAAAACUGAGAAGUUAUCUGAGGAUGGUGAGAAUGGCAGGGUUAGAUAUGGUUCAUCAUCCAUGCAAGGAUGGCGCGCAACCAUGGAAGAUGCUCAUGCUGCAUACCCUGAUCUGGAUGCUUCCACUUCGUUUUUUUGGUGUUUGUGAUGGCUAUGGAGGUAAGGUAGUUGCAAAGUUUUGUGCCAAGUAUCUUCAACGACAGGUGCUCAAGAAUGAAGCAUAUACAGCUGGAGACUUGGGAACUUCUGUUCAAAAAUUCUUUUUCGGAAUGGAUAAGUUGAACGCGGGGAAAGCAAAGAUGAGAAAGGAAGCUUGGAAAGGAUUUCAGGGUUGCCGCCUUUGGGAGGUGGAACGAGGCCCUGCAUGGUGACUUAGGUGCUGCCAGGUGUAAAUAGGCAGCAAGUUGGUGCAUUUCAUGGAGAAGUGGGGCUUCAUUACUUCACCUACAGAAGCUGGUAGCGCACUAAUGACAUAAGGCGGUGUAAGCAAACGGUGAAUGACAAGUCAAGGGUGGCAUGGGAAUUUUCAUAAGUGGCAGGGCACUUCAAGUUUUCUGAAUAAAUAAGUGGCAGUGAAAUGGUGCAGUUGUGGUCUCAUUAAGUGGCAGUGAAAUGGUGCAGUUGUGGUCU